UGCUGCAGCAGUGAGGAUGGUCGCAGCGGCUCAUGAUUUAUUUGGCGAACAUGGUUUAACUAUCCACAGGGCUGUCAGAUGGAUCUGGCUUCACUCUCACUCUCACUCUGCGUCUGCGUUGUGAUGGUCUGUCUACGCGGAAUUGCGCACUGCUCCAGCUCAGACUGUUGCCCAGAAAUUCCUACCCGCCCUUUGACUAAACCUCCUUCACAGAAAUGCUUCAAAAUUAACGACCGUUUCCGCUAUACAUGUGUAGACGGUUACACGAGGAAAGCUGGAACCUCAAACCUCAUCAAAUGCAACGCAGGGCAAGGCAGCGCUAAAGUGUGGACCCCGUACAAUCUUAACUGUAUACCUGACCCUCACAGAACCACAACAGAACUGCCAAAGACCACAGUACCAAGGGAACACACUGAUACUCCCCAUGACUCCAUCAUUACCACCACAGUCACACCUUCCACCAGCCAACAGUUAACCCCCAGUUCAAGCAUCUCAGCGUCAGUGUCUGCACUACAAACAGAAAGCACAGAGCCAACCUCAUCUGGACCUGAUCAAUGGAGCCUGUCAGAUACCACACAGGAUGUAAAGACUGUGACGGUGACCAGGGCAGCGACCUGUACGUCUACCUCCACAUUGUCACCGGGCACUGUUAAAGGCAAUAAUACCUUCAAUCCCGAUCCUGAGUCCAUAACUGGAUCUAAAGAAACAACAGCAGCUGUGGUCUCUUGUGUUUUAUUAAUGAUCAUCAUUGCUGGGAUCGUGAUCUGGAUCCGCUUAUAUUGCAGAGGGAGGCGAAACACCGACAUAACACCGCAGCCAGAAGAAGAAUUGACAUUCAUUAAUCAAGAUCCAUCAUCUGUACCGGCAGUGAUGUGUGAAUAACCUCAUGUCACACACACAGUGACAGAACUUUAUUGCCAUGCAGUGAAGAACAGGUUUUCACCCUCUACACUGGACUGCAGAAGGUGUUAUCACCUCUCUCCCUGAUGGCCCAUUGGAUUUCUGUGAACGUUAUCUGGAAACAUAAUGGCCAUUCUAAUACAGGAUUUGUUGUUUGUACCUUCCCAAGAACAUUGAUUUCACCAAACAAGCCAACCACUCUCUCUGUGUGGAUCUCAUGAUGCUUCUUGUAACCAAAUAUUUAAAACCUGUUCUUUUUAAGACAGUGGCUUUUCCCCUGGUGCUACAAAGAUCUACCCUCAUAUAAAUAAUAUCUUUCAGGCAUAGAUGUAUGUAAAUUACCCCAUUUGUCUCAAACUAUAAAAUGAAUCACAGCUUCUUCUUUUAGUCAUUCUUCACCAUGACAUACUCAAAGAGCUAAAAGCAGACAUAACUUACUCCGUCUGGUCUUCAUUGCUUUAGUAAAUGGUGAGGCUGUAGCGUUCAUGUUUUUAUCUCAUCUCUGUGAUUGAGAUUUCUGUCUGGAGAGACUUUUUUGACACAUCAUGUCAUCACACAUCAAUUCGAGGUUCAUUAGAGUUCAGUGUGGUCCCAAGAAUAAACUUUGAAAUCAGCCAACCUAUGAUUAAUGGACAUCUGGCUCUACCACCUCUGCAUCACCACCUCUAUAACAAACAGCUGUUAGUUCAUAAUUCACUGAUGGAAACACAUCAUGCAUUAUACACUGACCACAAAAAUGAUGAACAUGGAAAGAAGUUAACAUCUGAAAACCCCCCACUUGCACUUCCUCAGAUAAAAUCUGAAGUCACUGAGUCGAAACCUUCUAAAGAUGGUUAAAGCUUCCUCUUUAUGAAUUACCUUCCCCUAUAAUGUACACUUGUAAAAAUGAUUUUGUUUGAGGCAGAAAUUUCCCUGUAUUCUAUAUAUCACAUGUGACACUUGUUUAUAUAUGAAAUGUUAUUAAUCAAUGUGUGACUAUAAUUGUGAUAUGUACCAUCCCCAGGCACCCCUUGAUA